CAUCGGCGGUGAAAUUUUGAAUUGCCCAGUGCCAGGUGUGAAUCAUCCUCCAAGCUUAUCAUUUAUCAGGAAAAAAAAAGGGUCUCGAUAUUCUGCCCUUCCAUAAAAUAGCAACCCCAAAACAACACUCUCUUUAUAACUUAUGAACAGAAUUUCAUUUAGGGGAAAGGUCUCUAACCUGAAUCAAUUAGCUUUCGGACUUUCUAGAUUUGUUUCUUCAUCAAUUUGGAAUUUCAAUAUGGCUCCUACGAUCUUACAUUUGCGUUCUGAGGACAAGCCCCUCGAGCACCGCUCAGCGCUCACCCCCACCACAACCAAGGCAUUGAUCGACGCUGGCUACGUUGUCAAUGUUGAGAAGAGCCCUGUCCGUAUCUUCGACGACGAGGAAUUCAGCGCUGUGGGUGCUACGCUGGUUCCCACUGGCAGCUGGCGUGAUGCUCCCAAGGAACACAUAAUUGUCGGGCUCAAGGAACUUCCGGAAGAGACCUUCCCCCUUAAGCACGUCCACGUCCAAUUCGCCCACUGCUACAAGGGUCAAGGCGGCUGGGAGACUGUCCUGGCCCGGUUCCCUCGCGGCGGCGGCACCCUUCUCGACCUCGAAUUCCUACAGGAUCCCGCAACAGGGCGUCGAGUCGCAGCAUUCGGUUACCAGGCUGGCUUCAGCGGUAGUGCACUGGCGAUCAAGAACUGGGCCUGGCAACUGACGCACCCGGGCGAGCCCCUGCCGGGCGUCGAGAGCUACCCGAACGAGGAGGCGCUGGUUACGGACAUCAAGAAGGACCUCGAGGCCGGCCAAGCCAAGGCCGGGCGACAGCCCCGCGUCAUCGUCAUCGGUGCUCUAGGCCGAUGCGGUCGCGGCGCUGUUGAUCUGUGCCUCAAGGCGGGUCUGCCCACAGAGCAGAUCCUCAAGUGGGAUAUGGCGGAGACGGCUAAGGGCGGUCCCUUCAAGGAGAUUGCCGAGAGCGAUAUCUUUGUCAAUUGCAUUUACUUGUCAUCUAAGAUUCCCCAUUUCGUCAACCUAGAUUCUCUUAAGGAGCCCGGACGUAAUUUGAGCGUCGUAUGCGAUGUCUCCGCUGACACGACCAACCCCUUUAACCCUGUCCCGAUCUAUACCGUCGCGACAACAUUCAGCAACCCCACAGUACCCGUAGAAGGUCUAGAGAACCCGCCCCUGAGCGUCAUCAGCAUCGACCAUCUGCCAAGUCUUCUCCCCAGGGAGUCUUCAGAGUCUUUCAGCAACGACUUACUACCCUACUUGCUGAAGCUCAACGACUGGCAAAACAACCCGGUGUGGGCCGGCGCUUACAAGCUGUUCCAGGAGAAGGUGGCUACGUUGCCUAAGGAGGCGUUGAAUUAGGGUUAUAAAAAGUCAUGAGCUGGGAUAAGAGACAUGACUGCUGGGAAGAAAAGGUCGGCGUUACUGGAUACCAUGUGUAGACAAAAAGCACAUUAGAAAAGACUCAAUGAUGAUUUCGCAAGAUCCGUGGGUUGCAUGACUAAAAUGAGGA